AUGGAUAAUGCCAACCUGUGGACUCGUCGAGCAAACUCUUCCAAAUUGUCCCUCUCCAUGUCCGGGACGGACGGCAAGGACGGUGCCCGUGUCGACCUGCCCCGCUCAUCCAAACGCUUCGGCCCCGACAGCUCCCACGGCCGCUCGAAUCCCUUCAACGCCAUAUCCCCUAUGUCUACGGGCGUCUCCUCCCCAUCCACAAACGCCUCAUCCGCCUUUGGUCUGGGAUCCGGCGCCUUCGCCUCCUUCGGCGCCCCCAAGACUCCCGGCGGGAGUACCUCAGACGUGAAGACCCCGGGAGGAGAGAAGCGAGAGUUCUCCGGAGAUCAUGAAGAGGUGCUUCGGACGAGGGAACUGGUCGCUGCCGCGGUGUCCGGCGGAGGUGGGCUGGGCGGACACCCGCUCAAGUCGACCUGGAUCGUCUGGUACCGCCCUCCGACACCGAAGUAUUCCGACUACGAGAAGUCGACAGUACCGCUCGCCUCGAUAUCGUCGGUGGAGAGCUUUUGGGGCACGUAUUCGCAUCUUAAGCGGCCCUCUCUGCUUCCGACGGUGUCGGAUUACCACAUCUUCAAGAAGGGCAUUCGUCCGGUGUGGGAGGAUGAGGCUAACAAGCGCGGUGGCAAGUGGAUUGUCCGGUUGAAGAAAGGCGUGGCUGAUCGGUACUGGGAGGAUUUGCUUUUGGCUAUGGUGGGUGAUCAGUUUGCGGAAGCCGGGGAUGAAGUCUGCGGUGCGGUGCUGAGUGUCCGCGGUGGCGAGGACGUCUUGAGUGUCUGGACACGAAACGACGGCGGGCGGAACAUUAAGAUCAGAGAAACCAUCAAGCGACUUCUUGCAUUCCCUCUAGACACCAACAUAGUCUGGAAGAGCCAUGACGAUAGUAUCGCCCAACGCUCCGCCAUUGACCAGGCGCGUCAUGAAAAGUCAACCACAACCGGAUCCACCCCGACUGGCCACCUAGGAACCGAACGGCGCCGCAACACGGGCCACGACGACUCGGACAAAGUCAAGGGCGUCACUCUGUCAUGA